UAUCCUCACAUGGUGGAAGGGGUGAGUUAAUUCCUUCUUUAGAUCAUAUUUGUGGACUGAGAAAGCUCAGCAUGGAGAUAACGCUUUUCUGUCCCGGAGGCAGAAAUGUGUCAAAAGUUGAAGGGAAUUUAACCUUUUACGUUUACUGCUUCUAAUCGUUGAAGCUCAGAAAAUUCCAAACAGCACUUUUCAGUAGAACCUUCACUAUAUUAAACUCUCUUUUUUCCUUUGCAGACUCCCCACCCAUGUGGCCUUUUCAAAUAUGCCUUUGAGACAGAGAGUUCUAUGUGGAAGCUGAAAUGCCUGGAAGAUUUCUUGUUUCUGUCACUACUUUUCCUGCCUUUGUGCAUCUCUGCCUGAUUUCGAUGAUGUGACAUUCAGAGGGACACCUUCAUCCAAGUCUUUCUCCAACAAGACACAUCGGGCCAAAGAUUGCCCGUAUAAUUCAAGAUGGCUAGUCAGCCGCCAGAAGACGCUGCAGAGUCUCAGGUCUCGGACGAGCUCGAGUGUAAGAUCUGCUAUAAUCGAUACAAUCUGAAGCAGAGGAAACCCAAAGUGCUGGAGUGUUGUCACAGGGUUUGUGCCAAAUGCCUCUAUAAGAUCAUAGACUUCGGGGACUCCCCCCAAGGUGUCAUCGUCUGUCCCUUCUGCAGGUUUGAGACAUGCCUGCCAGAUGAUGAAGUCAGUAGCCUGCCCGAUGACAACAACAUCCUCGGGAACUUGACUUGUGGGGGCAAAGGCAAGAAGUGCCUGCCGGAAAACCCCACCGAGCUGCUGCUGACCCCCAAGAGGCUGGCCUCUCUCGUCAGUCCUUCUCACACUUCCUCCAACUGUCUGGUUAUAACCAUCAUGGAGGUGCAGAGAGAGAGCUCUCCGUCCCUGAGCUCCACUCCCGUGGUGGAAUUUUACAGGCCUACAAGCUUCGACUCUGUUACCACUGUGUCACACAACUGGACUGUGUGGAACUGUACCUCCCUGCUGUUUCAGACGUCCAUCCGGGUGUUGGUUUGGUUGCUAGGUUUGCUCUACUUCAGCUCCUUACCCUUAGGGAUCUACUUGCUGGUCUCUAAGAAGGUCACCCUUGGGGUCAUCUUUGUUAGCCUUGUCCCUUCAAGCCUGGUUAUUCUGAUGGUGUAUGGUUUUUGCCAGUGUGUGUGCCAUGAAUUUCUAGACUGUAUGGCACCUUCUUAAUCGAUAUGCAAACUAAGAAACUUGACACACAUUGCCAUGUUUCAAAGUUAGGCAAUUUAUCUUAUAUUUUACGUUCUCCGUGAUUAGUGUUCAUGACACGUUCUAAGCCGUUGGCCCUACGUCUGUGGUCCAUUUUCCAUCAGGUGUCGACGCAGUUGGUUUUCCUGUGUGCUGGAUACAGGUGUCCAUUUCUAGUUAGGUGUUAGCAGAGAAGCAAAAAUGCGUAAGCUAAGACUUCAUGGAGCUCUUUGCACCAGUCUUCCCAGAGAAAGGGCAGAAUUUCCCUCAGCCCUGCUAGACAGACACUAAGGGG